UUUUCCCUGUGGAAAAAGAAAAAUAAGAAAAACAAACGGGGAAAAAUGAAGUUCUCCAAGCAGUUUGAGGGUCAGUUGCUGAAGAAAGACCUCAAGAAGAUCCAUCUCCUUCACAACAGCAUCUCACCCCCGAACCAAAAACAGAAAUCCUUCCCCACUCGCCUCAUCUCCUCUCUCAGAAACUUCUCUCCUUUUGAACAACCACAUAGAGAACAUGGCAUCAUUCAAGUUCAUAACAAGCUGGAUUCUUCGGCUAGCUUGGGGGACUCGUAUGAGACUGAACUACUGGAGAAAUUUGAUGAUUCGGAUGCAGCACAUGAGUUUUUUGCAUGCUUGGACCUCCAACUCAACAAAGUGAACCAGUUUUACAGAACAAAGGAGAAAGAGUUUCUUGAGAGGGGGGAAUCACUUAAGAAGCAAAUGGAGAUCCUUCUCGAGCUUAAAACUGCAAUAAAGCAGAAGCAGGGGAAGGGCUCCUCCAAGGAAGAUGACUCCAUUUCCGGCACCAUUUCUUGUGAUGAGGAGUCCACCAGGGAAAAAACAGAGCAAGAACAGGGGAAGGAAAAAGAGGAGUUUACUGAAAGUGAAAAUACAGAUGAGAUGGAGAGUUCGGCCAGUAUGAGAAGGGACGACAGGAAAAUGAGGAGCCUCUCGGGCCGUGUCAUCUCCUGCAAUGGGAAGAACUUGAGGAUUAACAUUCCUCUAACCAACCCAACUAGAACAUUCUCCGCAAUCACUUACUUGCUCUGGGAUGAUUUGGUGAACCAGUCCUCCAGGAAAUCCGGCCCAGAUGGAAGCAGGCUUCAUAUCAAUAAGGCUAAGCUUCAUCAUGCCGAGAAGAUGAUUAGAGGGGCUUUCAUUGAGCUCUAUAAAGGCUUAGGUUACUUGAAAACUUACAGGAACUUGAACAUGCUUGCUUUUGUGAAAAUUUUGAAGAAAUUCGACAAAGUCACUAACAAAGAAGUCCUUCCCAUUUACUUAAAAGUUGUUGAGAACUCCUACUUCAACAGCUCAGACAAGGGUAUCAAGCUGGCAGACGAGGUUGAGGAGAUAUUUGUGAAGCAUUUUGCUGAGGAUAACAAAAGGAAGGCCAUGAAAUACCUUAAACCUACUCAGAGGAAAGAGUCUCAUGGAGUGACUUUCUUCAUAGGCCUAUUUACUGGAUGCUUUUUGGCACUUUUUUCUGGAUACAUCAUCAUGGCUCAUAUUGGUGGGAUGUAUAGGUCCAAACCUGAUACAGUAUACAUGGAAACUGUUUACCCAGUGCUAAGGCAAACUCGCAUAAACUAUAGCUUCAUCUUUGAGCUGGCCCCGACAAAAGAGCUUAAGUACAGGGAUGUGUUUUUGAUCUGUACCACAUCCAUGACUGCUGUGAUGGGGGUGGUAUUCCUAUGCCCAAGUUCAGGCGAUUCCGGCUUUCUGUUACUGGUCUUCUUGCUGUUCCUUGUGUGUCCUUUCAAUAUCUUCUACAAGUCUAGCCGCUACAGGUUCCUCUGUGUGAUCAGAAACAUCAUUCUAUCACCUCUGUACAAGGUUGUCAUGCUGGACUUCUUCAUGGCUGAUCAACUUUGUAGUCAGGUGCCGAUGCUCAGAAACCUGGAAAACAUAGCUUGUUACUACAUAACUGGGAGCUACAAAACUCAAGACUACGGGUAUUGCAUGAGACCCAAAUAUUACGGAGAUCUUGCUUAUGCUGUUUCCUUCCUACCCUACUACUGGAGGGCUAUGCAGUGCGCCAGGCGGUGGUUUGACGAAGGUCAAACGAGCCACCUUGUGAAUCUGGGGAAAUACGUAUCUGCAAUGUUAGCUGCUGGAGCAAAAGUAGCCUAUGAGAGGGAAAGGACAGUGGGAUGGCUGUGUUUGCUUGUGGCCAUGUCAAGUGCAGCCACGGUUUAUCAAUUGUAUUGGGACUUUGUAAAGGAUUGGGGUUUGCUCCAAGUUCAUUCCAAGAACCCUUGGUUAAGGAAUGAACUUAUGCUUAGAAGAAAGUUCAUUUACUACUUCUCCAUGAUGGCUUCUCAAUUUUUCACAGAAGAUCCCUUCCAACAAGCACCUGUGUUGAACCUUGUUCUCAGGCUUGCCUGGUUACAAACAGUUCUACAUUACAGUUUCAGUAGGGUUGACUACAGAGUGACCGGGCUAUUUUGGCAGCCCUUGAAAUUGGAAAAUGAGCAUCUAAAUAAUGCUGGGAAGUUCAGAGCUGUCAAAACGGUUCCGAUUCCAUUUCAUGAGGUGGAUGAGGAAGACUGA